AAUCCGGUCGAGUAGCCCGGGGCAGGGGCAGGCUGUUGUUAGUGACUAACUCGUCAUGACGUCAUACCUCUUACAGUAAGUGGUCUGGUCAGUAGUCAGAGGCGGCAGUAGACCAGUGUCAGUCUCAGCACAGGCAGAGUCAAGUCAGUACUAGACACCAUGUUGGUACCACUGUUAUUGGUAGCCCUAUUUGGGGUUUCAGUCCACAGCCAUUCUUACAAGCUUGGAGGCUGUCCUACUGUUGAACCUCUCAAUGAUUUCUCCAUGUCCAGGUUUCUGGGAAAGUGGUAUGUCAUCCAAAAGACCAGCACAGGAAGUCGGUGCCUGACAUACAACUUCACAACAGCUGAAGAACCGAAUGAGUACAACCUAGAACAAGUGAGUGAACACCCGGUACUCGGACUAGCCAGUGUGGACAACAAGUACCACUACACAGGCCAUCUGGUCGUGCCAUCGCUCGACACUCCUGCCAAGAUGGUUGUCAAAUUCCCUCUCAGUGUGGCUGGCAGUGCAUCCUACACCGUAUUUGCUACGGAUUAUGAUACAUUUGGGGCCAUUUUCACUUGCCAAAAAUUGGCCUUUGCUCAUAGAGAGUCUGCUACCAUUCUAUCCCGUCAGAAGACUUUGGACAAAAUGUUCCUUGAUAAGGUCAGAGGUAAACUGAGCGCAUUCGGAGUCGACCCAUACGAUCUGAGUGUGAUUGAUCAAGCCAACUGCCCAGGGGAGCAAGACAAGACUAAAGUGGACAUCAAUAUUGACGAUGAGACGUUCAGUCCCCAGAACAUCGCUGGCGUAGUGCGUAAGGCAGGGGAGAAACUGGGAGAUGGUGUGGAGGUUGUGGCCGAGGGGGCCAAGAAGAUCUACAACACAGUAGCUUCUGACGAGAAGCGAUCAACACGAGAGGAAAUUAUAGAGAACCAAGACGCUGCAGAUGUAGAGUGGCUACCUUAAGCUUAACUGUGAUUUUACUAUUGCUCAAUACAUAAAUAUUAAAAAUUAAUUGUGUACCUAAUUUAAAAUAAAAUGUGUGUAUUUUUGUAUUUACUUUUAACUAUGAACCAAAGCAUUUAGAUGUAAUUGAGAACGCAUUUUUAUUGCAGGUAGUAUUAAUUAAUAAAAUGU